ACAAACCCAACCCAGCCCGUUCUUCAACAUGCGAUCUGCUUACCAUCUGAUGCCUCCGCUAGCCAUGCUACUCAUCCACGGCCUUGCUGACCAUGCAAGCUCCACGGAAGCACCGGCUGCGUGCCUCCCAGACCAGGCAUCGGCGCUGCUCCAGCUGAAACGCUCCUUCAACGCCACCAUCGGCGACUACCCUGCCGCCUUCCGGUCAUGGGUCGCCGGCGCAGACUGCUGCCACUGGGACGGCGUCCGGUGCGGCGGCGCCGGCGGCCGUGUCACCUCCCUCGACCUGAGUCACCGUGAUUUGCAAGCCUCCUCAGGUCUUGAUGACGCACUCUUCAGCCUAACCUCGUUGGAAUACCUUGACCUCUCUUCCAACGACUUCAGCAAGUCCAAGCUCCCAGCCACAGGGUUCGAGAUGCUCACCGGACUCACCCAUCUUGACCUCUCCAACACAAACUUCGCUGGUCUGGUACCUGCCGGCAUCGGCCGCCUCACCAGCCUGAACUAUCUUGACCUGUCGACGACAUUUUUUGUAGAGGAGUUGGACGACGAGUACAGCAUCACGUACUACUACUCGGACACAAUGGCACAGCUCUCGGAGCCGAGCUUGGAGACCUUGCUCGCAAACCUCACCAACCUGGAGGAGCUUCGCCUGGGCAUGGUGAUGGUGAACAUGUCGAGCAACUACGGCACUGCACGGUGGUGCGACGCCAUGGCCAGGUCAUCGCCAAAGUUGAGGGUCAUUAGCAUGCCGUACUGCUCACUCUCCGGUCCCAUUUGCCACUCGCUCUCGGCCUUGCGAUCACUUUCAGUGAUAGAGCUGCACUACAAUCAUUUGUCUGGUCCAGUUCCUGAGUUCUUGGCUGCACUCCCCAGCCUUAGUGUUCUUCAGCUUUCAAAUAACAUGUUUGAAGGGGUGUUCCCUCCCAUCAUCUUCCAGCAUGAGAAACUUACAACUAUUAACCUCACCAAAAAUCUAGGAAUCUCCGGAAAUUUGCCUACUAGUUUCUCAGGUGACAGUAGCUUACAGAGUUUAUCUGUCAGCAACACCAACUUCUCAGGGACAAUUCCAGGUUCUAUCAGCAACCUUAGAUCUCUCAAGGAGUUGGCUCUUGGAGCUAGUGGUUUCUCUGGAGUGCUGCCCUCCUCCAUUGGUCAGCUGAAAUCCUUGUCUUUAUUAGAGGUGUCUGGGUUAGAGCUAGUAGGAUCCAUACCAUCAUGGAUCUCAAACCUGACUUCUCUUACUGUUCUCAAGUUCUUCAGUUGUGGCUUGUCCGGACCAAUCACUACGCCGGACCAGGUCAUCUCUGACGGGCCCAAACCCUCACCUUUGACGGGUUUGGUCUUGGUCAGUGAUUAGUGGUCACUGAUGACAAAAUCAUCUGUGACGGAUGAAACACCCGUCACAGAUAACCCAUCUCUGACCGGUAUAUAAGUCAUCUCUGACGGGUUAAAACUUGUCACCCGUCACAGAUGAGUCAUCAGUGACGUGUCGUAACUACCUGACCGUCACUGAGGACUCAUCUCUGACGGGUUGUAACUUACGACCCGUCACUGAUGACAAAGCAAGAAAUACAAUUUUUGAAUUUUAAACGCAACAAAAAACCUCAAAAAAAUAUUUUGAAUUUUACUAGCCAUCCUAUACAUGGUUACACAUCACUACCUACAAAUUCACAAUUUUUCACGCAAUAUAACUUGGAUGCUACAAGUGAGAUUCGAACUCAA